UUAUACACGCUCGGGGGGUAUAGUAUAAAUUGAUGUUUGGGGUGGGUGGAGGGUGUGCGGGAUUUUCGUCUGAACAUCUUGUCCGGAUUGACUGAUCACAUCGUUUUCGUUUUUCACGCUAAAAUAGAAACUCUACGAUUGCCGUCGCGUUCAAUCGGCUGUUGCCGUCGACCUGGACAAACUCAGAGGGCACCUGUACGUGCUGGACAGAGGAUAUCAUAACUGUCAACCGAAAAUUAUCGUUUAUGACCUGAACACUUACAAAUGUAUACAGUCGGUGGAACUCGGUGGGCUCAACGGCUCGGGACUAGCCACUCUGGUGGUGGACGCGAGACCGUUCAAAGGCGAGACGAGGGUGUACGCGGGUGACGCGCGCGGGGGACGCAUCACGGCGUUUGACCCGGACCGGGGAGUUUGGUACAUGGUAGCAUUACGCACCCAGGAUCACGGCCCAGGAUCAGUUAUACAGGACUACCGCAGACCGGAAGUCGACCCGGAUGUGCCUGCAGAAUGCAUCGCUGUCUCCAAGCUUCAGCGGUCAGUGUACUUGACGUCAACGCGAUCGCACGACUUGUACACGGCUUCGUUCAAGGACCUCCGGAAUUUGACCUCUUAUGUCACGCCUAGCUUAAAGAAUGGUGACGUACUUCCGGUUGGAUUGCGAGUGCGCUGGGAAGGCGUCAAGCUGGGCGUUUCGAGCGGGCUGUACGCUGACAUACAGGGUGGUCUCAAUUACGUGUACACCAGAGAUUUCGUGGCCGUCAGAUUGAGCCUGAUCGCGGGCGGCUCACCGGUCGCAGCGGAAGACCAUAAGGUGCUGUUGCAGUCAUACGACCUGUUACCGGCGGUCACGAAGAUUUUCACGGACAACAAGAAUUAUCGGCAGGUAUGGGCCCUAAACGCUGUGCCCAACUCGGAAAACCGUCACAUGGUCAAAAUUAAUACCCUCACCUUAUAAACAUCAUCGUCAUCGCAAUAUUCUAGUAUUCUACACUACACACCUGAAGGCAACGGCUGUUUUGACUUUUUUUCCCAUGAAGCAACUGCCUUAAAUAAGUAUCUACCCACACACCAGUUUUUUCACAUUUUACACUUAUUUUUUCACACAUUUUAAACGUAGAUCAUAAUAUGUAACGAGUAUAAAUCAGAAACUAGUCUAGCCGUCUAGGUCUUGGAGACUAGGGUAAUUGGGGUAUCCAACUCCAUUAUUCGCUCUGCCACUGCCUGAGGAUUUGACAAUUUCAAUGAGAAAUAUUGUCGACCCCUUACUCCCUGUAUGAACAACAAGAUCCACCGAGCAUGCUCACCCCGUCACCCCUAUAUUUUCUGCUACGUAAUACUUAAUUGAUCAAAAUGCUGACUUUUUUCAAAAAAAGAUUUUUCAAUUGUUAAGUACUAAUACACUCGAAGGCUAUAUUUUCAAGCACUUAUAUUUUGUAUAUGCCAUUGAGGAUUGUCUUGUGUCAAUAUACAAGUAUACGAGCAACUAAGUUUGGUGAGCAUACUCGGUGAAUCAUCAUAUGUAUAUAUAAUGGUUUAAAAUUGACCUUUAUGCGUGGAUAUAGACGACGUCCGUAAACUGUAGACAUAAUACCCAUAAUGUCCUAUAUACUGUCGUUUCAUAUAAUUAUAUAUAUAUAUACAUAACCAUCACCGUUUACAGUAUACCUGUAAAUUUAUUAGACUGUUAGAGCGGGUACCACGCGUGGAACACGGUGAUCAAUAUUAGGUAUAUUUAACUUAACUGGAAACUCUGGAUAUUAUCCAAGUAGAUUUUAGGUGCCUAUAGUUUUAUAGGUACAGAUUUACCAAGUAUUACAUUUUCUUACGAAUAAAAUAUGAUUUUUUUUUAAAUGUCUUAUUGUGCAAAUGAUUCGUAUGUUUUUUUAAUUUCAUAAUCAGAAGAACAAUAUUUUGUUGAUGCGAUUUACAAUGUAUAUUAUUGAUAGUAUUAUGAAUAAAUAGUUUUUGUAUAAGUACGACUACGUGGUUGAAAUAGCUUAGUUGAAGAGUUGUGGUCCGCCCUAUGAAUUCCGCUCGGGAUCAACUUUAAAUGUUUUUAUUAAUCAUCAAUCAUUUUCGUACGCAAUAUUAUCGUGUUAUGUUAUAUUGACAUAGAGUCUAAUAAAUACAUAUCUUUAAACUACAUAAAACAUUGAAUAAAAAAAUACAGAAAUUGACGUGUGAAAAUGAGCGUAGCCAGGUAAAUGGUUCACUCCUUAUUAUGAUACAUGUACGCACAUGAUACAUAUUACAUAAGGCUGAAUGCACAGACUGUGUGGGCGGACAUGUGCCCGCAUGUAAUUGAUAUAUAUAUAUAUUUAUAUAAAUCUACUGUAAUAUAUUAUCGAGUGCGGCAGCAGGUUUAGGGGACUAGGGGAGCGUAAAUUAACUAAAUCAAAGGAUGUUUUCGUUUUAAUUAUAUGCGAAAUGAAUACGAAUUUAAUGUGUUAAGUUUAUAUGACAAAUAUGUAAGUGCCAACUUGUAUAUUAUAUUAUGCAACAUUAUACCUGUAUACAGCAAACCUAAUAUAUAAUGAAUAUUCACUAUACGGCGUGUAACAGUUGGUAUACAUCUUGUGAGCGGGUACACACAUCAAAUUAUAUAAAAUAUUAUAGCUUAUUUAUUAUUUAUGCCACACGCGGUAUUCACCAGAAGUGUCGUAUCAUCAAAAAUAUCUCCGUGAUGUAUCGAUGCAGGUAUAGUGACUAUAACUGGUACACAUCAAUAUUUUUAAAUGCGUUUUUUUUUCAACAUCAGUAAUCCAUAAGAAAAUUGAAAUUUAUGCAAAUGUUCAUACAUAUAAUAUUACUGUCGAAAAAACAGCAUUUAGAUACAUAUUGAUUUGCCACGAAUAAAGGUAAUUAGGACGGGACCUUUGGGACACACUGUUUGAUGCAACUAAAUAACUUCCAUUUUAUUGAUCUCAUCUGUAUUCACUUGAUGUUAUUUACUUGCAAAUGUAACUACACAUUUUUGAACGUUCAAAACGAUAAUAUUAGCUGUUUAGCUGCAGCAUUUGAUGAACGUAGAGUGCAUUUUUAUAUAAAUAUAUCAUUAAGUUGCAUUUUUUUAUUUUAUUGAAUCAAGUUGUAUGUACGUUGAUAUAAACUCUUAUCUUUAUGACGACGAAGUCGUAAAAAAUGCUCAGUUUCCCUGCUCAUUAUACGUCAAAUGUUCAUUGCUUCCGGGUACAAAAAAAAAUCUUCUGGAAUGUAUUGUGCUUAUGGAAAUUCUGGAAUCCAAUAACCCUCCGGAUACGCUUAUUAUGUUAAAGUAUAGCAAAAUGAAAAUCUACUCUUAAAUGGUCGCUCAUUAUUGGUUAAAUCCGCCUUGAACCAGGUAGUUAGGUGUAAUAAUAACAUUUUAGGAUAAAAUUGUUAUAGACCUAACUAGGCACCUAAAGUGUUUAAGUUUUUUGAUUUGUUUUUAUAACCAUUUUGACAAAAAAUGUUUUUACGAUAAAUUCUAUUAUCUGCAACAAGUAGGUGCAUUAAAAAGUUAAUAACAUAUUUUAAUGAUAAAGUUUUUGUAAUUUAGCGUUUAUAAUGAUACUUACCUUAAAGUACCUAUGUAACGGGUCACGGGUGUCGAAUAAUAUAUUAAAGAAAUUAAAAAUAAGUUUUUAUAAAAAAUUAUUUAUGUUCCACAAAUUUA